AUGGAGCUAGAUCAUGGAGAAGAUGGUGUAUCUUCGCCGUCAAGGUAUCUUGUCAAGCGACCGAAAGCAUUGCAAUGGUUCUACAAUGGCCAGCUCCAGAAGGAAAGCGAUGAGGAACGUCAGGCUGGUCGCUUUGAGCUUUUCCUAGAUUUGCUGUAUGUCGCGAUAGUGGCCAACUUCAGCGAGCACCUGGCCGAGCAUCCCGACGGCAAACACCUAGUCCAGUACUUGCUGACAUUCUGGCCGGCGUGGCACAUCUGGAGCGAUCUCCGUGAGAUCAUGAACAGUUUCUACACGGAUGAUAUUGUCCAGCGAUGUGCGAUUCUCUGGGUUAUGGCCAUGCUGGUGCUGUACGCGAACAAUGCAAACGAGAUCGCCGAGAUCAAUGCAUUGAGGACUACGGCUGGAGCUUACAUGGUGGCUCGGUUCACUGUCGCUAUGGCGCUGCUGGUCUCAUCCUUCGCCAGCUAUCAGCAUCGAGUGCAGUCUAGGAUCGCGGCAACUUUCAUCCUUGUUGGACUCUUUCUUUGCAUUCCGCUAUUCUUCAAGGAGGUUAGCAUCCGGGGGAAGAUUGCCGUCGUUGCGGUCAUUAUCGCGUAUCAAGAGAUCGCCUGGCUGAUCGCUUUUGGUCCCUGGAUCAAGAAGGCCCUCAACCUCACGUACUCUACUGCCGUUGAUAUUUCUCAUGAGAUCGAUCGUCUGGCGGCGUUCUUCAUCAUCAUCCUCGGUGAAUUUCUCUACGGCAUCGUAGCGGGAAGCCCGGCUGGAGUAGGGGUUACAGCAGGCUACGGGCGGGCUGUGUGCACACUGGUCAUUGCCUUCUCCCUCAACUGGCUGUACACGUCCGGAGAUGGCAGUCUUAAAUCAACACAUCCUAUCCGAAGAUCGGUUUGGACGGCGUUCGCUUUCUUCACUAUCCACCUGCCCCUAUCGGCGAGCUUCCUGAUCGGCGGCCACAUUUGUGCCGUUUCCGUAGCACAGGAAGACCUAGAGGAAGGACAGACUCGCUUAAUGGGCGGUGGCCUUGGAGUUGGAAUGUUCUGUCUUUGGAUAUUCGCACAAUUGCACAGAUCGGACGACCACGGGGAGUUAGUGCUCUUCAAGCAGGCAAGAGUGUCUAUGAGGCUUGUGGUAGCGAUCAUCCUGAUCGCUAUUUCGCAGCCAGUAAUUGAAAUGAGCACGACCUCGCUCUUGGUCAUCGAAAUGGCUAUGACUGUGUGGGUUGUGCUUUGGGAAACAGUUGGAGGCAUGAGUAAGCGAUUCAAAGUGUUCGAGAGUUGGGAAGGGAGAAAUGCGCCUCGGAGGGACGAUAGUGUUCAGAUGGCUCGUGAGGAGAAGGCUUGA